CGAUGUGUCGUCGCGUGGCUUCAUAGAUGGCAGGUUAGUGGUGCUGAUGCUGUGACAAUGGGAGUCAUCCAGAUAUGCAUCAUCUGGCCCGAGAGUGCCUGAAAGACAGCAGCAGGACGCAGGCUUGUUGUGAUUGUAAAGGGACGGAAAAGUAGCAGCAGAGACACGAGGAUCAUCCUGCUGCUCUGAGAGGUCUAGUGAUGGGAGUGUUCAGCCGACAGAAGUUUUUCCAAGAGCUCGCUCAUGGCUGCCUGCUGCCCACAGCUCAGCAGGGCCUGGAGCAGGUAUGGCAGCUGCUGGUUAUCUGCCUGCUAUGUCGACUUAUCUGGAUGUUCGGUCUCCCUUCUUUUGUGAAACACCUGGUCACAGUGGCAGGAGGUUUCUACACGCUCUACCUGUUCUUUGAGCUGCACAUGAUCUGGGUGGUCCUUCUCAGCCUUCUCUGCUACCUCUUCCUCUUCCUGUGUCGCCAUUCUACCAUCCGAGGCACCUUUCUCUCCAUCACUGUGCUCAUUUACCUGCUCCUGGGGGAGCUACAUAUGAUGGAUACCACUAACUGGCACAAGAUGAGAGGUUCUCAGAUGGUGGUUGCAAUGAAAGCCAUUUCUUUGGCCUUUGAUUUGGAUAGAGGUGUUGUGACCAGUGUGCCCUCACCCAUUGAGUUCAUGGGCUAUAUCUACUUUGUGGGCACAGUCAUCUUUGGUCCCUGGAUCAGCUUCAACAGCUACAAAGAAGCUUUAGAAGGCCGUAAGCUGAGCCUUUCGUGGCUUUUAAAAGUGUCUGUUAGCUGGGUGAAGAGCCAGGUCUGCCUUGUUAUUUCCAACUGUGUGGCACCCUACCUCUUCCCUUAUUUCAUACCUGUUUAUGGAGACAAGCUGCUACGAAGCAAAAAGAGGAGGAAGAUCAGGGGUACACCAGCUAAGUGGUUACUGGCGUAUGAGAACACACUGUCUUUCCACUUUAGCAAUUAUUUUGUUGGCUAUUUGAGUGAAACUACCACCACUCUGGCUGGGGCAGGAUUCACCGAGGAGAAAGACAACCUCAAAUGGGAUAUGACCGUAUCCAAGCCGCUUAAUAUAGAGUUUCCUCGGUCAAUGGUGGAGGUGGUAACAUCGUGGAAUCUGCCCAUGUCUCGCUUUCUGCACACCUAUGUUUUUAAGAGUGCACUGAAAUUCGGGACAUUCUCUGCUAUAAUGGUGACAUAUACAGCCAGUGCCCUUUUGCAUGGUUUGAGUUUUCAUCUAGGUGCAGUCCUAAUAUCUUUGGGAUUCAUCACUUAUGUUGAGCACGUGUUGCGGAAGAGGCUUGCAGCUAUUUUUAAUGCCUGUAUACUGUCAAAGAAAUGCCUGCCAAACUGCACUCACCAGAACAAAAAGGGGUUAUGGGUGUAUAUGAUAAACAUAGCAUUCAGUGCUUUGGCAAUACUGCACUUGACAUACCUCGGCUCAGUGUUCAACUCCAGUGUGGACUUUAUGGAGGAGGAUGAGGACAAUAUCACCCAUCAUACAAUUCAGAAGUGGUCAGAGCUGAGCUGGACCAGCCACUGGGUCACAUUUGGAUGCUGGAUAUUAUACCGCCUUAUUCUCUAAUAAUAAGAAAUGAAGAAAGAGUGAAGGAAGUAAUAAUGAGAGAUGGAAAACUGGUUCUGCACUUCUGCACUGUGACUUUAUCCCGCAUCAGACCGAAGAGAACUGAAUCAUCCUGUAUACAACAACGAACCAACAUUCAGUGUUCAGGUUGCACCACAAGUUGGCUGGGUAAUCUAUUAUUCUAACCUGCUGGGGACUAGUUUUGAUAUCCAUGAAAUGAUAGCUCGCUCCUCAUUUCUUUUCUCUGCAUCGCUCCCUUUUUAUCUGAGCCGCAGUUAUCGAGCCCUCAUGUUGUGACAGCGGUUACCGAUGUCUCACUGUGAGUCACAAUCAAUACCUAUCAGCAUGGUGGAUAUUGGCUGCUCGUUUCUGUGGACACACGAUAAAGCCCAUUAUCUAGGUUUCAGCGUCGACUGCAGCAGAUGGCCUCCAGGAGUGGUUUCUCUUCCCUUCUAAUGUUAUAAAAUCAUACUUUUCGGUUUAAAGGGUAGGGGUGGCAGGCAUCAAUGUCUUCUUUUAGUCAACAAUUUCUAUGAAAUGACCCAAAUCAAUAGUGCAAUUGUAGAUCUCUCAAUAUUUUAGUUUCCUCCAACCUGUCUGUCUGUAGUACUCAGCCCUUUCUAAAAAAAAAAAAAAUGCCC